AAAAAAAUGAUUCACUGUACUUUUCUUUUAGUCUUUGUAAUGGUGACACUGUCCAUGUCAGAAAAGUCCUGCUCAGCUUUUCACCUGUAUCCAUAAGUCCACUUUUCAACAGGUAAAUAAUGCAGAGAUUUUCAGGGCUUUGUCUAGUAUGUAAUAUUUCUUUCUAAGACUUUUCCACAAUGGCAGUAACGUGCAACCACCUGCUGAAAAUGCAAAGGAAAGAGCUUUCCCAUGUCACAGAUCCAGUAAUACAGAAUAAAACUUUCCUAACUCUUCAGGACACGUGGGUACAUGCGGAAUUAGGUACAUCAGAAAAUAUCUAGGAAUGGUACUAGAUUAAUGGCUUACAAGUAGUUCUCAGAGCCUGCUUCUAAAUCAGAUGAUACAGUAGUACCAGAGAAACCAAGGCCUAAGCUUCUGCAGCAGUGAAAGCAGAAUAGGAAAUUGAAAUGACUCUUUCACUGCCUUGAAGUCAUUGUCUAAUAUUAGCCCUGUCAGCGCCUGGCUCUUUGUCAGUUGGAGCACAGGAGGAGGUGGUUACCAGCCAGGAGAAUAUGACCAAGGCUUUUAAAUACUGUUGCUUGGAAAGUCUUAUUAAUGGCUGCAUAUAAGAUCGAUGUGCAGUAAUUCUUCCAAGCAGUAUCUUUUAAAAGCCCUUAGCAAUCUGUCAUCCUCAUCUCCCUCCCCCCAGUUAGAAAGCCACAUUAGUCAGGAGAAAUCGCACGGACCUGGGAAGUUUCAAACUGCAUCCACUGAUGCCGUCAGGAAAAUGCUCCUGUGCAGGGGCACAGGUGCAAUUACACUGACGGCUGCUUCUCAUCCUCGGCUUGGGUCAUCCUGGAGGGACCAGCAGAAAGGAACGGGGAGGCAGGCGAGAUUCUGUCAGGUGCAUGGGAGCAGUACCGAAGAGAAAAAUGGAAUACCCUGUUCCAGGAGACAAAGAUCGCGCUGUCUGUGAGUGUAUUGGCUCAUCUUCUUCAAACCUGUGUUUUGAGAGAGAGGGGGGAAUUGUCAGUAUUGUUUGUUUUGUUCUGAGUUUAGUAACCUGUUCAUCGUAUCUUAGCCUUUGCUGUCACUGUGGUAGAAAUGCUUUAUUUAUUUUUUCAAACUGAUAAUUCAUAACUUGUAGUUAUUUUGGGGGUGGUUUACAGUUCCAUGGUGUUUUUGGCAUUUUGGAACCCUCAGCUUUGGAAAAACAUAUCCAUAUCUAAAGAAGAGAUCUUUAAACCUCUUAUUUUGUGCAGUGGCAUGAAAUAUUACUUUUAAGGUUAACCUGCUCCAUUAGCUACGGUUGGAAACUAGAGCAGGGGUUUACUAGGCAGUAAAUGUUAUGAUGGUAAAGAACACUGGGUGUGGGAAGCCCCUGUCUGUGAUGGAGAAAUCCUGAGUCAUUUACUUCAUGAUGCAUCAGCAAAAUAAUUUGGGUGUGGCUUUGAUUUUCAGCUGCUAUUGUAACAAGGCUAUGAAAGCUAACAGUGGCUUAACCUGAUUUGUGAUUGCAAUGAUUUUUCUCAGAAUACGCACAAAAUGCCUCACAUAUUAAAGUGCAACAUCUGUGCAUGCAAUGCUGCAAUAGAUAAUUCCCCACUCUACCAAUAUCUGCAGGAUUUGGGACACACAGAUUUUGAAGUAUGUUCAUCUGUGUCGCAGAAAGCAGAGCAAUGUGCAGCAGCGGAAAGCCAAAGAGAGCGGACUCUGCAUGCUGCCCAGAAACAAAGCAUCCUGUCAAAACUAGUUGAGUUCUUUAGAAGUUGGUUUCCUUUUCCACAUUAUAAGAAAAAUGAUGAUAUACUUCACCGACUGGAUGUUGGAUUUCGAUUUGACACGCUCCGUACCAUCCUGCAACAGGAAGUUCUGCUGCAGGAGGAUGUGGAACUGAUUGAGUUCCUUGACCCCAGUAUCCUGUCUGCAGGGCAGUGUAAGCAACAGGAAAACAGACAGCUUCCAACGCUACGCUCCCUAGCAACUCCUAAUAUUUGGGACGUCUCGCUGCUUCUUGCCUUUGUAAGUGCACUGCUUAUGCUUCCUUCGUGGUGGAAGGAAUCAUCGUGGCUGCUGUGGGGACCAGUUCUGCUUGUCUAUGCAGUCUUCCGAGUGUGGGGCACAUGGAGGACAGCCAAGCUGCAAAUGUCCCUGCAAAAAUACUGUAUCCAGCUGGAAGAAACAGUGGCAAAUAGCCGAGCUUUUACUAAUCUCGUGAGGAAAGCUCUACGACUCAUUCAAGAGACUGAAGUAAUUUCCAGAGGAUUUACCCUUUUGCUUGACAGGGUCAGUGCCGCUUGCCCAUUUAAUAAAGCUGGACAGCAUCCUAGUCAGCAUCUUAUUGGUCUCCGGAAAGCCGUAUAUCGCUCUGUCAGAGCCAACUUCCGAGCUUCAAGACUGGCUACUCUGUACAUGCUGAAAAACUACCCUCUGAACUCAGAGAGUGACAACGUGACCAGCUACAUCUGUGUAGUCCCCUUUAAGGAGUUGGGUCUGGGACUGAGCGAAGAGCAGGUCUCUGAAGAGGAGGCACACAAUCUAACUGAUGGCUUCAGCUUGCCUGCACUCAAGGUCCUCUUUCAGCUCUGGGUAGGGCAGAGUUCAGAAUUCUUCCGGAGGCUGGUGCUGCUCCUCUCCCCAGCCAAUGCAUCCCCCAAGCCCUUGGUCUCCCCUGAACGGCUGCCUCAUCAUAUCUUAUCUGAUGUGACUCAAGGCCUACCUCAUACACAUGCUGCCUGCUUGGAGGAACUGAAGCGAAGCUAUGAGUUUUAUCGGUACUUUGAAACUCAGCAUCAGUCGGGGUUCGAAUGGCCAACCAGAACAAAGCAGAAGUCAAGAGAGCUGAACAGUCUUCAGACAGCAGUACGCAGCUUGCAGCUUCAUCUCAAGGCACUGCUCAAUGAGGUAAUAAUUCUUGAGGAUGAACUUGAAAAACUUGUUAGCACUAAGGAGACACCUGAGUUGACAACAAAAGCCCAUCAGGUUCUGGAACAGAAACUAAAGUUUAUUCAGCCUCAUAUGCAGGCAAGCAACAGCUGCUGGGAAGAAGCCAUUUCUCAGGUGGAAAAAAUGAGCGGAAGAAACCCAAAUAAAAAAGGCAAACCAGAAGUUUCCUGUGACAACCUACAGCGUACUACAGUACCUUUAACACAGCCUGCCAUAUACAUAGAAAACAAAGAUCCAAUCCCUGAAGAGCAGGAAUUGGAAGCAUAUGUUGAUUAUUCAGAUACGGAGAAUGAAUACAGAAGGGAAGAUUUUUACUGCUUUUCCCAGGAAGAAAGAGAGAGACAAGAACGAGAGAGACAGGAAUCUAAGAGGGUGUUACAAGAAUUGAAAUCUGUGCUGGGAUUUAAAGCUUCAGAAAUAGAAAGACAGAAAUGGAAACAGCUGCUAUUCAGUGACCAUGCUGCAGUGAAACCCUUGUCUCCUGUAGAGCCGCUGAAGCUACUAAAUAAUUUGGAAUCACAUAUGAAUUCAGAUACAGAAAAGCAGGACUGCAGCCAAAGUUGUGAUAAAUCUGAAGAAAAUGACUCUAAUACAAAAGAGAAUGCUGCUGAUAAAAGCAGGACAGAAUAUUUGUAUGAAGAUCCUGAGAUGGAGAGGAAAAAAGACAGUACUGCUGAUGAAGGUAUUUCUACAGGGGAGGAAGAAAGAAUGUGUUGUCAGCAUGAAGGGGAGGUUGAAGAACUCGAGCCGAGCAAUAUGGAUGGAGUAGAGGUUUCACAGUCUCCCUCUGAGGAUGCAUUACAUUCAAAAAUCAAGCAUAGGCUGGCCCAGCUCCACAUAUCAACAGAUUUAAACUUCACAUCUGGCCUGGCUGCACAAGUUGCUGCCAGGUCUUUCACUUUUACUACAAUGCAAGAAGAGACUUUUGGAGAUGAGGAGGAGGAGGAAGAGAAGACACAGGAGUGUGAAGACCUGGUAGAGGGCUGUAAGAACGAAGACAGAGGCUCUGAAAGUGAAGGAAGAGUGUAAGUCUGAGCUGAACUUUGUUAAACCAACAGCAGGCAAUUUGAUGGAAAAAACUAAGGUGGGGGUUUGAAGAUGAAAAUACUGGACGGAAAAAAAGGAGACCUAAAUAUAAUACAUCUUGUUCCCUAAGUCUGAUACACUACAUAGGACACUUCUAAGUAUAUUGAAAAUUUGCAGGUAAGAGAAGUUUAGGCUGCAUCUGAGAAAUAGUUGGCUGUUCCCUUUUUAAGGUCCUAGCGGAGGUUUUGGAAUUUACCUUUGUGUUUUCUGUUUUAUUUAUUUAUAUUAUAAUGUAUUGUGGUUUUUUGUUUCUGAAAAGAAAGAAAAAACAAUGUCUUGAAUUACAUCAGACUCCGGGUUUUUUUGCUCUCUGAUUCUGCUGUCAUGGUAUCAAUGUUUGUUCCAACAGAAAAGCCAGGACAUUUCUUUUGGAAGAACCUGAACUGUUCCCUGUGAUCUCCCCCCACCAUUUUUGUUUCACUUCCUGUGUCUGGAGUGCGUUGGCUAAGCCACCGUAGGCAUUUGUGAUUCCGUGGCUAGUGAUGUGGCUCCCAACUAAAAUGUAGAAUUUUAAAUAAAAACUUGAAAGAGCUAGUAUUUGAUGUGUCCUGGGGUAUGGGGCUGAAAUAGUGUAGUCGUGCUUCAUAUUAAGGUUUACUGAGAAUUUUAUGAAGGGUUAAUAAAUGAUUUCUACAAAUUGUAAUUCAUGUUAGAGAAAUGUGUAGUAUGUGUUAGGGAGGGUUAUAAGCACACCAGUAGAAAGUACUAUAGACAGCUAGAAGCUACCUGUUGGAUUGAUAAUAGAUGAGAAGUAAAUACCUACUUAUUAAAACAGCUAUUAAUUAUUUGUUAACCUUUUGUAAACUGAACCUUAAUAUAAUUGUUUCAUUUGAUGUAUUGAUUGAUUGUACAUUUUUGUUUACAUCCUGAAGUAAUUUUCUCACAGCAAAAUUAUCUGAGUACUUAACAACACACAGUAUUUUGUUUAAACAGCAUACUUGCUUUUCCCUAUUGUUCUGUCAUUUUCCCUUAGAUCACAACCAUAACCUAUGUGAUCAAGAAUCCAUGAGAGGACAAGAAUUACGUAUUUCCUAAGGCGUAUCUUGUAACUUAGUUGACACUGAAUCUGGACGUUUGGUGUUACGUGGGUUGGUUUUUUCUCUGUGGUCGUGUUACAAGGAGCAGCAAACCAAUGCUCACCCCACAGAGGAGCUGGUUAGUGGUUUCACUGCCUUCUCUUCCUUUCGCCCUCUGACACAAGCUGAAGGAAAGGUCUCACGUCUCAAAUGGCGAGAGAGCUGCCUCUUUGUAUGGAAUACUCUGCUUGGACCUGGAGACAUUCCCAGUCACAAAGCACCUCAUCAGUUCCUUAGGAAAUUUAUUGUCUCUUGCUGAUUCUAUAGAAUAAAGAGGGGUUUAGAUGCAAGUGGUUCGGAGCAAUAUCUUUUCCUAGGGUGGGAAGUGGGGAAGCUAAUGAAGGUCAGCAGGUUAGGGUGGAAAUCUUGACUAUAUGUCAGAAAACAAGUGCUUUCUUUCAACCUCCCUCUCUUCUAGUAGUGAUUUUGUAUAAAUGCUGUCAAAUAUGUGGCUUUUUUACAGACUAAAGAGGUAAAUAUCAAUUGAUAGAGAUGGGAGUAUGUGACUUACAGUGUUCUUUCACAAUGUAAUGCCUGUCUUCUCCCUCACACAUAGAUUUGGGGAAGAAAAUGUUUUGCCAUUCUUCAUUAACUAGUAACACUGUGUUCUUUGCCCUUAGUUUUGUGUGUCUGGAAGCUGAAUGGAUAAUGUCUUGGGGAACUUGUAAAAGUAGAAGAAAGGUGUAUCAUAGUGUAUUCAGAAGCUAAGCCUCCUCUUAGUGGUAGAGUAUAUUCUUCUGUAACCUGAAAAGGUUAGGCUGAGAUGAUGAAACUCUGUUUUAUUUUCUCUCUGGUAAGCAAUUUUUUUUCUCAAGUCUAGAACAACUGCUUUGGGUAAAUUGUGUUUGAAGCAUUGUCCAUACUUCUAAAAAAGAAGUCUUCCUCAUCCUGGACUUGAGAUUCUUGAGUUCACAAAGUGCCCAGAUAUUUUUUGUUCCUAGCUAAUUGUUCUGACUGCCUAAAUGUAUGUUCCAUUAAUAUUUUUCUAUGAACUCACUUAUCAGUAUCUCAUGAUCUGAUGUUGUGUAUCCCAGAAAUGAUACUCCUGAACUUUUCCCAUGGGAUCCAAAUCUUAGUUUACAAUGUGUAUGGCUAUGAUACCAACCUGGAAAAAUGAUCAGAUUUAGGUCACGAAUUAUCUGUCCUCACUGUUUUGGAUUAAGUCAGUAGCAGCCUGAGUGCUUUGCAUUGCUGCUAAAAUAGGUUCCAGAUCUCACAUUUGAAAAGGUUGCCAGCUCUUUACUUCUUUGCUGCGGUCCUUACCAAAAGUUUGAUGGCUCACUUGGGACCUAGUCUUGGUGAUGAAACCGGCCUAAGAAACCGCAUCCAUCCUUAGCUGUUCGUGUCCACCCGUCAGCUAGGUCAACACAGGUUUUUAUGGCCAUGUUGUCAACCAGCUCAUGAGUCCACUCUGGUCAAAACCCCACCCUUUUUAGGGACUCCUGUUCACUGUUCAUAUUGUGGCAUUGCAGUUUACAGCAUUUAUCUCCCAGCGGCUGUAUCAGCCCAGUAUCCAGUGUUUCUGGUGUGAGGCUCAGGAUUGCUCACAUUUACAUUGUUGGCAAAGAUGGUGCAGUGUGAAAUUACAGCCUUGACAUUAGACAUGGACAUGAGCAAAGGGUGACUUUCUGGAGCAAGUUCUGAUCCUGUUUUGAACGAAUAGAUUUUCUACAAGCAACUUAACUGAUUUCCUAUGGUCUUAGUUAAUGCAGUCUUAACAGCUGCACAUAUGAACACCUGGGCUCACUUGCCUUCUCUGCCUCUCAUCACAUCUAUAUAUAACAGCCAUCAGGUCAUUUGUUUUGAUUUAUUUAAUAUUCUCCCUGCAGAAGAAUAUGGCUGACAGUGUACAGCACACAAAGCACGACCUCCCUUGAUUUGACAGCCAGGUGCCAUCUACAUAUAAAUAGUCUUUUAUAAUCAGAUUUCCUCAUAAUUAUGUCAUUUGAAAGGACUGUGUGUAUGCUCUGUAGAUUCCUUCAAGAACCUGACACAUUUCUUGGCAAUCAUAAUUUAUUGUUGCAUUUAAAAUAAUAUAUAUGAAAACACUGAAGCGUGCGUUAGCACCAAAGAGUUGUGUUAAUAUAUUGAGCAUGUCGAGGUCCGAGUGCUGUCUCCUGUGUUCUUUGGCUUGUUACCUUUAAAAGGGAUUUUUGUGAAAGCAGAACAUUUACUUCUUAGAGCUUUUAACUUCUUGAAACAUGAAGCAGGAAAUCCAUACUAAAUAACGGUUAUGCCAAAGGCAAUCAGCAGUCAAAAUUCUUUGUGAAGAGCAGAGCUAACAAUAAAUGCAUUUUCCCUAUUCCAUUUCCAGUUAGCAGCUCUAUGAAGUUGUAAAGAAGCAAGUAACUACAGAGGGUUAAAUAAUUUCUUCUCCUCCUGUGCUACCUGGAAGGGACUCCAAUGGUGGUGUUUGCUUCUUAGGUUGGCUUGCAAUCUAGCACUACAUCUUUUACGUCGCUUAACGUCACAGCUGAAGAUCUAGUAAAGGCUUAAAUGGAAGCAGAGAUCUGUCAGAAGAAGAUUACUUGUCCCUUUUUUAACGGUACGUCUUUGUGACAGAAAUGAAACAGUGGUGGAAUGGAAGCAAAUUUUGACAAUUACAGAUAAUGAGGCAUCUUUCAAACUGAAUCAAAUGUGCCUGUGUCAGCUAUAAGCAAGAUUCACAAAUGUGAAGGCUUCUGCUAUCAGUUGCAAUAGAGAGUUCUACUCCUAACAGAGGAUUACCAGACACAGUUUAGUUUUCUAAUUACAAGAUGGAAUCUGAGGUGUCAGACUUUGUGCUGAGCACACCUCUCUGUGUGUGACCUGACUGUUUACAGCAUUGGAAAUUUUAUGUGUAUCUGAAGUGAGAAUUUGCAAUUGUCUUACUAAUUUCUUUGGUAGUAAAACACCCAUUUAAAUGGUGGACUGUGUAGAGUGGCUGGCCCAUACUGAACUUUGUAAUCUUGUAGUCUAUCCCUUUUUUCUUUUUUCCUUCUUUUUUUAAACAGGGGGUCAAGUAUACUAAACUGCCCUUGUUCCUUCAAGUAUUCAGUAAAGGGCUGCUGUUGUUCUGCAAGUGGCUUGUUCCCGGGCUAAUUGCUCUUCAGAGUUAACAGGGUUUUGUACUGUCUCAUCUGAAAAAGUGGGCAGUGUGAGAAAGGCACUUGGUCAGUGUAAAGGGUCAGGCUACUCUGGGAUCUUGUCUGUGAGGAAGAGUAUAAGAAAAGGGAGAUCCCGUAGUGAUGUUUUCCCAGGCUACUCCCCAACAAUUUGUGGCUUGGGGACUUUGUGAGCCAGUGGUGGUGGCUGUCAGCUUAACAGGUCUUGGUGGAAUUCUCUUCCAUAAAUUUGUCCAGUCUCAUGUUUGGUUGAUUAUUACUAGUCCCAAUGCCAGUAUGUGCUUAUCUUUAUUACAACCUUUUACAAACAAGAGGAUUUGUCAAUAAUGGUUUUUAACUUUCUGUUUUAAACUGAGCAAGCCCACUUCUCUCAGUCCUUCUGCAGAGUUUUCCACCUUUUCGUUGCUCUUUUUAGAAAUCUGUCCAGUUUUUGAAGUAUAAUGACCAAAGUGUGAUGCAGAACUUCAGACAUAACCUCAGCAGUGCUGAGUAUAGAGUAAUAAUCACCUCCCAUAAAACACUGAACCAUUCAAAUAUAGCUGAGUCCAUACAGGAAAAAAAUCUUUUCAGAUCUUUUACCCCUAGCUAGCAGGAUGACAAAUGAAAAUAUUUGGUCUUAUGGAGGAGAAAUAUUUAUUCAGUGUCAGCGGGAUUUGGCUGGACAGUGUUUUUCUUUGCUAACAAAACAAAAAGUUGUUAAAUCAAAAUGAUCUUCCAACAGCUGCCACCUGGUCUAACACAAACUGAAGAUGCCAAACAGCACUUGUUUAAAUUUCAGCUUGACUUUUCAGAGCUGUUCUGAUCUCUGAUGAAUAAGCAUGUAUGACAAAAAAUAUUAUCACACAAGAAACAUGGUGGUGGAUAUAUGGGUAUCAGAUCAAACUGAAGGCUUCUGUGGCUGAUUUUUAAGAUGCUCGGAGGUGUGCUUUAUUCAUAGUCUUUUGACAGUUAAUUCCCCAUGUAUAUGUUUUUACUUUACCACCCUGAAUUUUAAAUGCCAAAAAAUACACUUUGAUUUAUUUGACUUGGAAAUUUGUACAGUAAUCACAUAAUUAGUAAUGGUACUGUAACUGUGAUGAUAAGACAAGGCCAUAGGUAGGGGUGAAAUCUACCUACCACGAACUUUGCUUUGUAGAUGGAUACAGCAAUAUAGUAUGUAUGUAACUGUUCUCAAUAUUCUGCCUCACCUUUCAUAUUGCCAUCUCUUAAGUUAUUGGCAGAUUUGUCAGAAUAAAACUUAACAGCUUGAAUGCUCUGUUAGCCUACAUUACACUUUCUGACUUGAACAUAGGAUUUGGAAGACAUGACUAUAAUUUAGUAGAUAAGGAAAAAGAGUUUGUUUCUCUGUUUCAAAGUGGCUUAUUUUGAAAGGGUUGAAUAGGACCAAAACUUGAAUUCUUUUACAUGCUCAGCAUGCUUUGACCUUUAUACUUUCUCAGCUUUAAAUGUUAAAGGCCUCACAAUCUGAGAACAAUCUGCUUUAGGGAUGGACUUCUAUAGCAGCUUAAACCAAUCCAGGUCCACGCUGCCAUGGCCCUGCCAUGGCCAUGCGAUUUCAGUCCCUCCUUUAGGCUGGCUUUUGGAACCACUCGGUGAUUUAGGAUGUGGAUGUGGCUGAAAAUUCACCGCUGCUUUAACUUUGAGCUGGCUCCCUCAACUAGUUCUUCAUGUGGUUGAGAGAGCACUAUUAGCAUCUCAGGGGAGCAGGAGAGGAUACAUGCCUGGGUGAUGAGGAGGAAUGCCAUACUGCAAAUUUAAAUCAGUCUGAAUUAAUGUUUACAUCAUUAGUGUCUGUACUGAAGUGGGAUAAACUCAACUCCAUAUGUUGCUUCCGUCAUAUUUUCUGUUGCUUGAGGGUGAUGCCACUCAUUAUUGUCCUCACUCAUUUUGCCUCCAUUUUUUUUGUUCUUCAAGCCUGGGCAGCCCAAGACCUGUUGUGUCUUAUUCCACAGAGUCUCUACCAACUGUUUAUUAUACUGUCAGUAAAACUAGAACAUCAUGCAUGGUUUUUUCUGCUUACUGUUUUCAUCCUUCUGGUCCCUCCAACACCCAUGGUCCUCUCCCUUUACUAACACUCAUAAGAAGUUCAGAUUUUAAAAUAAUACACAAAUUCUUUUUGUGUGCGUUUGUAACUCAGCUUGAUUCUUCUGGAUCUUCAGCAUUGCAAUGACUAGAUCUAGAAAUGUAUACUGGCUUCCCCAUUUGACUUGAGAACUGAAACAGAAGGCGGGCACCACAAAAUGAAAAUGAAAGCAGCUCAAAUCUAGGCCACAUUUUUGGUGCAUAUUGGCUUUUAUAAGUAAUUCUGGCUUACUGAAAAACACCAGAAUUGUUUUAUAGAAGGAACUGCAGUUCUAGUACAAGGUCCCAAAAUAAGUGUCAUUAGUUGGCUUGAACUGUGCUCAAUUUAAAGAUUGCUUCCUGACCUUCUCGAGCUGCAUGGAAGAGAGUUGAAAAUCAUCUCAAAUUCCCAAACAGAGUGACCAAGGCUGUCGUUAUUUUGUGCUAUUAAAGACAUCCAUUCCUAAAUAAAGAAAAAGAGAAAAGUCAGUGCUUAAUAUCUUCAGUAGUAAUUUCUAACAGAGAAUUGUGCAUUUGAUCUCAAUAGAAGCACCAUUAAUGAGUUUUAUUAUAAUAAUAAUAAAAAACCACUUUAAAUGUAUUAUGAGAUAGAAGCCAGAAGUCUAUGAAUUUUCCUCCAGGUCUUUCAUCCAAAGCCACAGCUGGUCAAAUUUAAACAAGUUCAUGCUGUCUGUUCCUGCAUUGCUCACUAUGACAUUGUACUCAAAGUACUCACAUGCUGUUCACAGCCAGUCUGUAUGCACCUGUGUGCUCGAGGUCUGCAAAGCUUGUAAAGAUCAUGGAGCAGUGCUGCGUGAAACCUACACAGGAGCAGGACAGCUUACAACCAUUCUGGGUCUCUGUCUUGCCCUAUUGCAGCAUCCAUGCCAUAUGCAAUCCCACUCAUGAACUUUUUCUUUCUCAGCCUUCCUCUUCCUAGGCCACACAAACCAAUUGUGGAGGGGUUUGGUUUAUUUGUUUCUCACCUAGCUACUAUCCUUUAAUGCACCAGAUAAUGUAUCUCUAAUAAAAGCUUAAACUUCAGUGCCACACUGCAAAAGGCAGGGCCUGAGAACAUGGGCUGGAGAAGCUUUUCUGGUUUGAGCACUCUGGGGCGAGUUGUAUCAAGGUGAUUGACGAUGGGGGUGCUAAGCCAGGCUCGAUGACUCUGUGGGUAUCUUUCAAAGUUCCAGGUUUUGCUGGAUCAGUACUUUCUCCGGUGGUCUCCCUCUUCCCUCUUAGCAGUGUUCAGCUCUUCUCCUGCAUUCUGCUGCCAGAUCUUUAGGAACUUGGCCACUUUUUCCCUUCAUUUCUGAAUGAGUUGUAAAAACUUUAUGAAAUGGCAGGUUAGAGGGAAUCCACACCAAGGCACUACUGCGUGUUCCAGUCACAAGCUCACAAACAGAAGGAUUCUUAGGGCAGCUGGCUUGUCUGUCCUGACUUUUCUUCCAGGAAGCUUUGACCUACAUUUCAACCUGGCCCUCCUAUUCCCUCCCGGACUUCAGAACAUUCACUUCCAGAAUGAUCAUAAGAUGGUAAUGCCUCCUCAAGGAGGCUGAUCCUUGAACACAUGUUCUUCCUCAUUACAGGAGCUUUACUUGUUCUUUCCAACAGGAGGGUGGCACAGUUAUGGCUGAGUCUGUGUUCCCCUAAACAAGCUUGCUUCUUCCUGCAGUAGGGGCUGAAAACACGCUCUCCAGCUGUUAUGCCAAUCUGCUUUGGCUCCACAGCUGCCUGGCUUUGAGCUCUGGAAGCUCUGGGGUCCAGCAGUUGUACUUGAACCUUUCCCACCUUUCUGACCUUUCCCAUGUCAGAAAACAUGUGAGAACAUGGUUACUACUAAAUCUCCCCUGAAUUGAACCAUUUUGAGUUUUUAUUGAGCAGCAUUAAUGCAUUGUUUCUUACCUUAAUUUGAGGAGUUGUUUGUGUGUUUUCUUUAUAUAUGUACACACACACUUCAUACUGUAUAUGUGCAUUUCCAGGUAUCACAUUGAAAGGCUUGUGUAGCAAAGAAGUUGUAUUUUUCUCAUAUUAAACUUUCCAGUUACUUAGAAGGUAAACAAAAUCCUAAUUCUUGUUAUCUAAUGGCAAAAGAACUGAAUUCUGUUCUACCAAGCAGGCUGGGUGGAAGUAUUUAAAAUGCAUGCUGAUUUUACACUUUUUUUACAUAGAUUUUACAUAGAAAAGCUAUUUAACCUUGUUUCCUCUUAUCAAGGCUUUGCACCUGAGCUGCUGUGAGUGCCUGUAUGCCAAUCUGCCCUGUCUUAAACACGUAAACAAUCACAGAAUAGCAGGUUAGAAAGGACCUCAAGGAUCAUCUGGUCCAACCUUUCUAGGCAAGCAUGACCUAGACUAGAUGGCCCAACACCCUGUCCAGCUGACUUGUAAGUGUCCAACAUCAGGGAGUCCAACACUUCCCCAGGGAAAUUAUUCCAAUGGCUGACUAUUCUCACUGUCAGGAGUAACUUGUGCCCAUUACCCCUUGUCUUCUCCAUGUGACUCUCCAUGUGACUCCUUGUAUAAAGGGAUUCUCUUUCUUCUUUGUAGCCACCCUUUAAACACAUGUUCCUCAACAUUUCCUGCCUGUUAAGUCUUAGUGUUUCCCAAAAUAGGGCCUAAAGGCAGCAUAGAUUGCCAAGGAAACCACAGGGAAGGGAAAGAAAAGAAUCUUGCUAAGCUGCUGUUCAAUUGGUUAAUAAAUGAGAGCUAAAAUAUUAGAGGAAGUGUUCAAAAGAACAAACUGCAGCAAGAUACUUCUGGCAGGGCUACAGAGGGAAAUCACAUGUGACACACUCUGAAGUUUGCAGACGCUAGGAAGGAUCCACAAUUUCUCUUCAGAGUGAAGUGGAGUCAGGAAAGCUUCACCAGACCGGUAGUCUUCAGCAGCUCUUAAAAAAAGUCUCUAUUUUACCUACAUUUCAUUUCCCCAGAAAGGCUCGGUCCUGCUGUGCUGGUGUAUCAAGCUGUAUGUAAAUCAAUCUCCGUAUCUCUUCCUUUAAGCUCUGUAUAACUUUAGCCUCUUCCCUUCAACUGCACUGAAGACCCAUGUGGUUUGGCUCCACUGGGAGCCUCCACUACACCUACCCUGCCCGCUGCUGAUGCUGCUUUAAACACAGCUGAUGAAAUCCACCUCAGCAGGUUUAGAUCAGCAGGUCUUUAAAGCAGGCGUGAAGCCUGGUGGCUGGCUGUGCUACGGCUCCAAGGACCCAGGUUCUGGGUUAGAUGCAGGCAGUGGCAGGAGGACAUUCCAGGGUUCUGCCCUUUCUUUGUGAUAGGGUUUUUUGCCUGUGAUAUUUUCCCAAAACCUGUUGUUUCUCUUUUUCUCUUUCCCACUUUACCUCUUUCCCUUUUUCCCAUGGUUAUCAAUCAGGACCUAAAGACUUUUUUUACAUGUUUGAGGAUGUGCAUAACCAGGAUUAUUUUUAAGCCAUUUAUUUAAGUGUUUGACUAGUUUUCCCCCAUUUUAGAAGUAGUUUUCUCAAUUGUAAUGCUAAUCACUUUCAACAUCUUUUUGGCUGCUAUUAUUUCUUCAUCAUCUGUAGUAAAAUUCUGCCUCACUACUGCAUGUAUCACUUUUUCUCCUUAUCCUGUACCCCUGACAGCCGCCUAGGUGGCGUGGAUGUGGCUUAUCCAUCCUUCAAUUAGAUUGAAUGGAACAAGGAAUGCUUUUACAGGGAUACAUAAAUGCAGUAUCAGCACUUUGUUUGAUCUUUUAUAGAGAAGUUUAUUUUAAUUCCUCUUUCAUCCUGUAGAUGAAAUUAAUUUUAAGCAAUCCUGGCAAUAGUUAGUUGCUGCAGUAUAUUUUGCUGGCUCAUUAGUACAAGCACUUUAGUAAUGAACACUGGUUACUUGUCUAAAUAAGUAAUGACUGAAGAAAGAACAUCUUUCUGUGUGUCAGAUGCUUCCAGCUGCACCUUCCCAUCAUCUUUCAGAGACCCAUAUGCUGUGCAACCAUGUGGCAACUAUUAGUGAAGUCCCAUUUAGCAUCACGUAAAUGGCUAGGUAGCGGGGGCUUUAGGAAGAGGAGACUGGUAGCUAGGAACUGGACUUAGGUGCUCUGCAGGAGAUGUCUUCUGCUUGUCUGGCUGUGUGGCUCCUAAGAAACAGGCUUCGUACGCUUUGGAAGUGCCAAAAUAGUGGCAACAGUACAGACUGGCUCCUUUUAUCUGAAGCUUUGUGGCUCCCUCAUAACGCUUAGAUGUUAUUAUCAGAACAAAGGCUGUGUUCUGUUGAUGUUAGGAGCUGUGGCUGAUGCACACCUCUUCCUGUAAACUUUCCUUGUAUUGGUUUUAAGGUUAAAACAGCUGUUGACCACUCUUCUCACUUAAGUAUGGCUCACUCUCACCUAUUCAUAUCCCCAGGAAGGAAAGCUUAGAGAUGACUGGGAAAGAAAGGAAAUAAUGAUCUUGAAAGGCAAGGGGAAGCUUGAUGAGGCAGGAGUAUUUAUUCUUAUGUAUUGAAUCUUGCUGCCUAAUCAGUGCAAAAUUGGUUGUGCAGUACAAAAGGUCUUGCUUAUUCUUUGCUAUUUCCAGGUUGGUUUGUUUGUUUUCAUAUGGAAUACUGAACAGUUCCAAUUGCUGCUGUUAGGAGAACCCUGUCUACCAAGGGGUCUGUAAUGUUUUCCUGUCCUUGGAGAUGUUUUGAAUGCUAAAUUGCCUGUGUGUAUUCUUCAUAAUGUACCAUAUGAAAAUAUUCUUCAGGAAUUGAUACUACCACUUCAGACAGUCAGUAUUUUCUAUGUAAGAACUGUACGUUUCCUAUACUGCCAAGAAUGUAUAUAUAUAUCUAUGAAGACUUAAGAUUGUAUCUUUUUGAGCAAGCCUCUUUCUUCAACCAUCUGAAACUUUCUUCCUGUUUCUCGAGUUCUCUGCUAAUUUAUUAGACAUUUGUGUUAUAUUGUGUACUUUUUUGUAUCAGCUGUAUUGCUGUAUUUCUCCUUUCUCUCAUUAAAACCUGUUCUUCUCAUC